AGACAUCCUUCAUCUGUGUGGGCCCACUCUCAUCAGAAGAGCAAUGGCGUCUGUACCUUCUGCUGGUUGCCUGCUGGCCAAAAAUCAGUACUAUCGAAAAUCCAGUAUUUCCUCGGUCAGUUCUUCCUGUGGCCCCGACACAAUAAAUUUCACCGACCAGGAAAAAGUCCAUUCGGGGCUGCCUGAUAUCUCUGAGACAUCCUGGUGGAUCAAAAGCUUUUUCCACUCCGAACCUGUUCUCCCAAAUAUCGGAAGAAAAGAUCUGUCUGCUGGCAGCAUUAAUAGCUGAUUCUGGCAAGCAAACCGAGUCUACCUGCUGUGGUAUUACAUAUAUAAACUCACGUCCCUAAGCGUGGGGCUCUUCCAGAUGGUCUUUCUCUGCUGUAUGAAGACAAUAACCUGCGUGAAGCCUCAUUUCCAAGAGAAGAUCACAGCUUAGCAAAGAUAUGCCAAUGAUUUAAGCUGUUUUAUUCAGUGCUGAUAUUGUCACUUAGGUUGCAUGGUGAAAAGUGCUUUUUGAAGCAGAGUUUAGUUGCCUUGUAUCUGUUGGGAAUGAUUGCAAGUGAAAGGUAAGGGAUGAAAGGGCCCUUGAAUUUUUCCAAAUUAUUAUUUAUUUAUUUUUGGGUGGGGGUGGUCUUAAACUUCAGUAGUCCUAUAACUGGGGAAACUGCUGUUGUGCUUUAAAACAUGUAUGAUGCUUAUAAUGGCAUUGAAAUAAAUGAUCAGGUUUUCACAAGCUUGGCUUAUCUAUUCAGGACACAUCCAGGCUUCAUUGUUAACUUACUCCUGACUCCUGACUCCUUCUCUAAAACACGGUUUUGUGAGGUUCAGGUUUGGUGGUGUAGUAUGGGAAAUGAAGUGUAAAUCACCUGGUUUGCAUUCAACAAAGAACUGUUGAAUAGGCAUUAUGGCCAACACAUUGCUGGCCUUCAGCUAACCAGUGUUAAUCAACCCAUGGUAUUUAUUGAGCGCUCACUACGUGCAGAGCACUGUACUAAGCACUUGGGAAGAGUGCAUUGCAACAGAAUUAGCCAACACGUUUCCUGCCCAUAGAGAGCCUUCAUUCUAGAGGGGGAGAUGAUCCUUCGUAAGCUUCUGAUAGGCUGAAUCUGAGUUUGUUUCUCCCUCUCGUUCUUUGGCUUUUUCAUUAUCUCAAGAACAAAUAGGAUCAACUGCAAUUCUAUCAUAUUCCUAUGUCCAUCCCUAGAAAUGAGAAGGAGCUCAGAGACACCCAUUAAAGCUUCCAGAUCUUCUGAGACCAUUUGGAGUCCUGUCCUCUCGUAUUGUUAAAAAAUGAAAUGUUUCAUAAUGUUUUUCCCUUUUGUUUAGAAAGCAAAGUGCCUUAUUCUGAAGAAAGGUAGGCAUUUGUAACAAAUGUCUUUGUCUUGUUUUUGCAGUUCUUACUUUUAAAAUCUCAUGAAGAUCUGUGAAAUAGUUUAGCUUGGAGAUGUCUUCAUGGCCAGUGUAUAAGGGCAGGAUGAUUUUAAAGAUUUUAUACAUUUUAUAUUAAAAGUUAUGGACUUGUUAUGUUGUUGAAUCAUUUUGUGUUGUUCAAGCAUUUUUAUAACUUAUUUGAUCCCUUCUGAAAUUUUUAUAUUUUCAUAUAAGAACAUUUUGAAAUUGAAUAUGAGCUUACUGCAAAUAAGUUGAAGUGGUGGAUACAAGGUAAUGAAGACACAAAGAAGAAAUGGGAUAGAAAAUAGAAGUCUCCAAAUAUUCAACAAAUUGCAUUUUAGUCACUUGUUCAAAUUUCUUUAGUCUUUUAUCCAUUUAUGAGGAAGAUGGAUUUAUUCUUUGAAUAAUAAAAUAUUUAGCUCUAACCCAUUGAAAAUAAUAUUUUCUUCAGCAGUGGAUCCUACUUUUAAAGUAGAUUUUUUUCUUUCAUCUCUGUUUUGGAAGAGGGAAUUCCUGCUCACUAUCCUAAGGAUAUCAAUAAUUUCUCAUUAAUCAAUGGGGAAAUAGUCAUUUAAUGAGUCCAUCCAGACAAAAGGCACAUUUUAGCAAAGAAGUCUUCCAGUGGAAAAUAAUUGUGGACAAGUUUGCAAGGGAACAGUCUCAUCUUUGGAGUCUCUGCACAAUUUUCUCAUAGUUAAUCAAAAUUCAUCCCAAAGCAACAGCCUAGCACUGACCAGUCCAAUAAAAUGGUCAUUCCUGCAGGCAUGACCUGAGGCUUCCUUGAAUGACUCAGAUACAAUCUAUGCAGUAAGGCUUUAUUUAGAUAUAGUAGAACUAUUCAUUCACUGUUAAAUAAUUGAAGUGCAUUAAUGACAGCAAUUUUUAGUGACAGCAUCUUGAGAUGUGUAAUUUCUAAAAGAUAUGCUUUAUUUUAAUUCAUUUAAUUUCAUGUAAUCUUAACCCACAUUUGGAUUGAAAUUAACUUGAAAAUUGUAAUUUGACAUAAAUUCAAUUGGAUCCAUUUCUAGUUUUCACCACUGUAUACCAUUUCUGAUAUAUGAUAAUGUGUGUAUGCUCUCAACCCAGUUAGAAAUGUAAAGUUUUGCAUAGGUGAGGCAGAAUUAAGUGUAAUCUAUUCUCAUCAUUUUGU